GGCCCCUAAGGAGAAAUCGGUGUGGCCGCCGAGGGCUGAGGGAUGUGGACUGUACUAGCCCUACAGGCAGGCAGGCAGGACCCUGUUUCUGGGCUCCGCCACCCCAGAGGGACCGAUGACCGCGGCCCCCCGACCAUGGCUGUUGAGCUGGAAGGAGCCAGCGCCUGGGACCCAAAGCACCUUGUUUAGCAAUAGUGGCUGGAACACUCUCCUGUAAGUUCCCGGAGCGCCCGUAGAGGAGGAUCAUCGCUCACCCCUACCCCGCCUCUCGGACUGCCGGUCCCUAGAAACCCCAGCUUCACCUCUCGCUGGGACUGGAGUUCCAGAAUGAAAAGCAAAAAGGGCAUCCUUGCGGCGUCUGGCAGUGACACCGAGGAUGAAGACAGCAUGGAUGUUCCCCUGGACCUUUCCUCUUCAGCAGCCUCUGGCAAGAGACGGAGGAGAGGCAAUCUGCCCAAGGAGUCUGUCCAGAUUCUUCGGGACUGGCUGUACGAGCACAGAUACAACGCGUAUCCCUCAGAGCAAGAAAAAGCGCUGCUGUCCCAGCAGACACACCUAUCUACACUGCAGGUCUGUAACUGGUUCAUCAACGCCCGCCGCAGGCUCCUCCCUGACAUGCUGAGAAAGGAUGGCAAAGAUCCAAACCAGUUCACGAUCUCCCGCCGUGGGGCCAAGAUUUCCGAAGCUAGCUCUGUGGAAGCUGCAAUGGGUAUCAAAAACUUCAUGCCUGCUCUAGAUGAGAGGCCGUUUCAUUCCUGCACAGCUGGACCCACCCAACCCCUAGGGAGGCCAGCGUCUCCCAAGCCUUCCUCCCCGGGAUCCAUUUUGGCUCGCCCAUCAGUGAUCUGCCAUACCACUGUGACUGCACUGAAAGACGGGCCCUUCUCUCUCUGCCAGCCGGUUAGUGUGGGACAGAGCGCAGAUGUACAGCAGAUAACAGCCGGCAACUUUACAGAUACCUCUCUCAUGUACCCAGAGGACACUUGCAAAUCUGGACCGAGUCCAAACCCUCAGAGUGGUCUUUUCAACACUCCUCCCCCGACUCCGCCGGACCUCAACCAGGAUUUUAGCGGGUUCCAGCUUCUAGUGGAUGUUGCACUCAAACGGGCGGCAGAGAUGGAGCUUCAGGCGAAACUCACAGCUUAACCCUUUUCCAGACAAAACAGUUCUCUAAAACAUGGUCCUGAUUGUCAGGGUGAUGGCAAGAGAUGCAUUAUUUUAUAUUUUUUCUAUUAAUAUUUGCACAUGGGAUUGCUCAAUUGAAGCUUCCUGUUACUAAGAUGUCUUCAGUGGAAUACAGUCAUUCCAAGAACUACAAACUAAAGCUACUGCAGAAACAAAGGGUUCUCUUUUUUAAAUGUUUCUUGGUAGAUUUUUCAGAAUGUGAGAUGUUCCCAGUAUCAUGUGAUCUUCUCCCGCUCCCCUCCUUGAUGUUUUUUUUUUUUUUCUUCUCCAGACUGUGCAAUACUUAGAAGCCGUAGUGUCUAUUUCCAUGUGGAACAGGAUACCCACAUACAGUCUAAUGAGUAAACUUUCAGUUUUUUUUUUUUUUUUUUUUUAGAUUCAAGCAAGUAUGAAUAUAGUUGUUGGAUAUCUUUUUUUUUUUCAUGAUGUAAUAAAGUAUUUUCUUUAAAAGUUAUGGCAACAAAGAGUAUUUUCUUGAAGGAAGCACUAAGAGCCCAGUAGGAAUAUAGUGCACCCAUGAGCAGGAAGUUGGGGGCAGGGAGGACUAUGACUUAGGGGUGUGUGUCACUGCUUUUAAAGAGCUGUGGACAACAGACCAGUAUGAAUAAACAGGAUGUAUGAUAUCUACUCUUGAUUGGAGGGGGAGCUGGUCCCUUCAGUCUUACUUAGAGAUGAAUGGUAAAUUGUAUUCUAAUGAGCUAUCAGCAUUUAGUUAGCUGAUCACUAAAUCAAUAAUGAGUUCCUACAUAUUUCAGACAGGACCAUGUUAAACGAAAAGCUUCAAGCAACUGGUCAUAGCUUAAUUUUUUACAAGUAAGCAGUACAAGCAAUUUUCAUGUCUUUCUAAUAUUUGUUCUGGUGUUACAGGUGGUACAGGUUUUUGCAUCUGAGUACAGCGCUUAUUUGUCACCUUUGAUACACUUUUAAAGCAUCUUCCAGAAUCCAGGAAAGUACCAUCUAUGAUGAUAUUCUGAGUUUUAUUAAACUUUCCAAGGUCAUAAGUUUGAAAAAAUGAUGCCAUGUACAAGUAGAGUUUGUUGGGAUAGAAAAUUACUUACAAAGCCUUGUUGGCCAGAAGGGAAUUGGUUGUGUUCCUUUGGCUUGUCACAUGCCACAGAACCAUUCUUACCAAGCCAUGCUUACUGUGAAGUUCCUUUGUUGUUAAAAGCCCUGUCCUCUGUCCCUCCCGCAGCAUGAGCUGUGCAAAGUUGGGAGGGUUCAUCACAGCUUCUGCUUGGCAUUUUCAGACAGCAGCAGAUUCUCACACCGUUAAGUUUACCCAAAUGUGAAAGUGGCUGCUACAGAAAAAGAUACACUCAGAAAAUUUCUUUGUAAGUGAAACAGAAAAUCUUGACAGUGAACAGCAGCCUAGAAGUGUAACAAAACAAAAGGAAACGAUUUAGGGCCAGUUCUGUCAGAAGGUUGCCUGACCAUAGUACAAACACAAUGAAGGUUGUUAAAGCUGGGUCAAAGGUUACUAACUUUAAGUCCAACAGAACGAUUACCCAGGUUAAGGUGUUAAUCACAUUAGAGGACAGUGAGGAGAACCCAAAGAGAUAACUCAAGCCUAAGGAAUGCACAAGGCCCCCGGCCAAAAAAAAAAAAAAGUGACAAGGUAAGGGUUAAUGGUUUAUGCAGUUUUCCUUGUUUGAGCUCCUUACAGAUCCUAGUUUCCAAUAGCUGACAUUGAGUAAAUAUAAGCCAUUAUGUUGAAACAUGUCAUUCAUAAGCUUUUAUAUCAGCCAGGCAUGACAGCACACCUGUAAUCCCAGCCCCUGAAGAAGCAAGAGAAGCCAAGUUUGAAGCCAUCCUGGGUUACUUUUUAUUGUUUUGUUUUUGCUUUUCCAGACAGGGUUUCUCUCUGUCCUGGCUGUCCUGGAACUCAAACCAGUCUGGACUCAGAGAUCCACCUGCCUCUACCUCUCAAGUGCUGGGAUUAAAGGCAUACACCACCACUGCCCAGUUACCUGGGCUAUUUUUAUUUAUUUAUUUAUUUAUUUUGAGACCCAGACUUAAAACUUUGGUCAGGAGAUUGCUUGCCUAGCAUGCAGAUGACCCUGGGUUCUGUCUCCCAUGACAUCAACUGGGCAAGGUGGCACAUAUAAGUAAUCCCAGACUCUAUUCAAAGUUAUGCUUUGCUACAUUGUGAGCUUGGCCAGCCUGGGCAACUUAAGACCCUAUCUCAAACUAUUCUAUCAAACCCAAAUAGAAAUUAUUUGUCUACUGUGUACAUGGUAUCAUUUUCAUUUGUUUACUUUUCAUCUCAUAGGGCAUAUGUAAUUGGGUUCUUUCAUUUAAUCUGUCUUUGAAUCAAUGUAUUUAGUCACUUUACACCUAAUAUAUUUCCAGCACCA